AUGCCGAGCGAGAUCGCGCCCACUGCAAGCAUGCCGCCUGAGGCAAGCAUCUCUCUGGCGCUCAGGCUGAUGUGCAAGGGUCCUGGCUACUUCCGCAGUCAAAUGGAGGGGGACAGGCGAAGUUGGCAGAGCGCCGUGGAGAGACUGGCUGCCGACAAGGUCAAGUACUUGAAGAGCCAGACGGCGAGGGGUGCAAAGUGGAGUCCAAUGCUCCAAGAGGCAGCGCAGGCCCGACUCGCUGGUCAUGUACCGGCAGAAGUGCGAGUUUUUGUGCGAGGAGCGGCAGUCACCAGCAGCGCCCACAGUUUCAAGGGCAGUGACAGCCUGGUCAGUUGGCUCCUGCCCGGCUCUAGCGGCUGGGGCGACAAGAAGCAGAGGCUGGCAACGGGAGCAGCAACGUCGGAAGGGGGAGAAUUAGCAGAGGAUACAGAGGUUGCAGCACCCCAGGGUUCACAAAUAACCACACCAGCAGCAUUCCAGGAAGAACUAGCAGUCUCGCCAGUAACACCCCAGGGUGCACAAGUAACCACACCAGCAGCGCCCCAGGAAGCACCAGUCACCAGGCCAGCUGCAUCCCAGGGUGCACAAGUAACCAUGCCAGAAGCGCCACGAGAAGCAGCAUCAGGUCGCCCCAAGGAGCCGCUCAAGCGGCGGGUUGGUGAAGGCGGAUUAUGGCGCUCGCACUCUGACCUCAGCUGCCGCUUCUCCCGAGCCUGCUCGGGCUUGGUCAGUUUCUUCUAG